CCCACGUUUCCUUGAUUUCUACGCUUUUUUUUUUCCAAAUCUAUGGCCGACGUAGCUGGAUUCAUUCAGAUACAAAGAUUGCUUUAACUGAGCGUAGAAAGCAUGAAUGAUAAAGAAUAGACUUGCUUUAUAGUUAGUUUGAAAAUAAAAAAGCGAAAAAAAGGUCCAGCGUGCGGAGUCAGUGGAGAAAAGCUCACCAUUUUUGUAGUUCCGCACUAAAGAGAUGAACCAUUCCAUUGCUCCUCUUAGUUUAUUGCGCCUUUUUUUGUUUUUUCAUCCUUUUUUCAUUUUACUACUUUUUGGCUCCUUCCAAUAUGAUAACGCUACCGAGGGUUAAGGCUUGUAGCCUUAUUCUUCUGGCAGUCUAUGCUACUUUGGCUAAGGCUUUCUAUCUACCUGGCGUGGCUCCCAACGAUUACGCAGAAGGCGAUAAUGUACCAUUGCUUGUCAACGCGUUAACGCCCAUGUCCAACCAAAUGGUCAAGUCCGUCAUUGCUUAUGAUUACUAUCUUCCUGCAUUUCACUUUUGUCGUCCCUCUGAAGGUCCCGAAAAACAACCAGAGAGCUUGGGCAGCAUUUUGUUUGGCGAUCGUAUUUUCAACUCGCCUUUCCAGUUGUCCAUGAAGAAAGAUCGUCACUGUCAGCUUUUAUGUGAAACAGAUGCCAUUCCCAAGCCCGAUGCUGAAUUUAUUACGCAAACCAUUGCUGAUGGAUACGCCAUCAACUGGGUUAUUGACGGUUUGCCUGCGGCUACCGAAAAGGCUAUUGAAAAUAAUGACGAGCAGAAUACUCAAGAACACUAUUACAACAUCGGUUUCAACCUCGGUUACACCGCCAACAAUGUCGCUUACUUGAAUAACCAUUAUAAUAUCGUCGUCUAUUAUAAUGUUCGUCCUGACAACGCUUACCGAGUGGUUGGUGUCGUGGUGUACCCUGCUAGCAAGAACUUUAAACGUAAAACCGACGGUUCGGUCGAUUGUGAUCCCAACGCUCUGGCUUUCCAACUCAAGGGCGAUGGUUCCGAUAAGGUUCUCUAUACCUAUGAUGUCACAUGGAAGGAAUCAACGACCGAAUGGGCCACACGUUGGGAUAGUUAUCUCUACAUCCAAGAUCCUUCCAUUCAUUGGUUCUCUCUCAUCAACUCCAUUGUCAUUGUCUUGUUCUUGACCGGUAUGGUCGCCAUGAUUCUCCUUCGUGCACUUCACAAGGAUAUCUCGCGCUACAAUGCUGUUGAAGUUCAGGAAGAUGUUCAAGAGGAUUAUGGUUGGAAAUUGGUUCACGGCGAUGUCUUCCGUCCACCUACCCGUCCUAUGCUCUUGUCCGUGCUAGUCGGUGGUGGUUCUCAACUGGUGGCGAUUGCUGCUUUGACCCUUGUGUUUGCUGUUCUUGGUUUCUUGUCCCCUUCGAACCGUGGCUCCUUGGCAACAGUGAUGGUCAUCUUCUUUAUGGUGUUUAGCUGCAUUUCCGGUUUCGUGUCUGCGCGCAUUUACAAGAUGAACGGAGGUGAGGCAUGGAAGACCAACGUCGUUAUGAACGCCACUUUAUUCCCUGGUGUGAUUUUGGGCUCAUUGAUUGGUUUGAACUUCUUCUUGAUUGCUUCCGACUCAUCGGGAGCGGUGCCUUUUGGUACUAUGUUGGCUUUGAUCGGUCUUUGGGGUAUCAUUGCUUUGCCUUUGAGUGUGGCCGGUUCGUACUUUGGUUUCCGUAAGCCGAGAAUUGAGCAUCCUGUGCGCACCAACCAAAUUCCACGUCAGAUUCCCGAUCAGCCUUUCUAUCUUCGCAGCAUUCCUUCCAUUUUGAUGGGCGGUAUCUUGCCUUUUGGUGCCAUCUUUAUUGAGCUCUACUUUACCAUGAACAGCAUUUGGUUCCAUCGCAUUUACUACGGCAUUGGUUUCCUUUUCCUUGUGUUUGUCGUCUUGAUGCUCACUUGUUCUCAAGUCACUAUUCUGAUGUGCUACUUCCAUCUUUGCAACGAAGAUUAUCAUUGGUCAUGGCGCGCUUUCCUCACUGCCGGUGCCACCGGUCUCUACGUCUACCUGUACUCCUUGUUAUACUACUUUACCAAAUUGGAUAUCAACAGCUUCACCAGCACUGUGCUGUAUCUCGGCUACUCGGCCCUCAUCAGUCUGUUGGUCACCAUUUUGACAGGUGCUGUUGGUUAUCUUGCUUGCUUGAUCUUCCUUCGCAAAAUCUUUGCCAGCAUCAAGGUAGAUUAGAUUUUUUACUUUUCUUACGUAUUGUAUUCCCCGGAACUUCGGCAAAUGAGUAUUGCCGAAAUAAAAUAAAAAAAUCACCAAAUAUGAAGCUGGUCCCCAUUAUUUGACGAGUUUUUAUCACAACUUUUGCUUUUUGCUAUUGCUAUACCAUGACAAACAAAGACAUUUCGCUCAU